AUGAACGCAAGCAAUGUUGCUCCCCAAGACCCCAAGACUAAAAAGGCCUACAACCCCGCACUACCGCCGGAGUCCCGGAUUUUGUUGGGCGCACUCGACCAGACAGAGGCCAUCCAAUUCGACAACGCGAGGUACUACACCGCAUUGUUGGCGCCAAACCCAUUUUUCCCUGCAUCAGCAAGAAACCAUUCCACCACGGCCUCGCAACAGCAACAGCAACAGCAACGGCAAGCAAAACUCGCAAUGGCUUCCACCACAACGAGCGACGCCCGCUCCUCUAAACCAGGGUUGCCGGAGUUGUUCACCACCAUUGAAAAGAGGUUUGCCGACUCCGGAAUCGGCGCCGACUACUGGUACAUCUUUUGCACCGCCACGCUGGUCGGCGGAAACGAUCCCGAGCUCUGCGACCAAUUGUACCUGCACCUCAUCGCCCAACCGCAGUUUUCCACGCCGGAGCAGCGACAGGCUCUCAUUCGAUCAAUCCGGGAAGUUUUAGUCAAAUGCGUGUGCGUUGUCGGGGUAUGCAAGCCCCUCGAGGCCAUCAUGGCCAUCAAUCAGCACGAGAGGCAGGAAGACAAAGACUUUAGCUUCACGCGGGAGGGUUGGCAGUGCGACGAGGCGAACCUGGAGCGAGGGAUGGGCUGGAUGCGGAAAAUCUACACGCGCAACACGGACAGCACGCUCGACAUCUUCAACGACCACAAGGACUUUGGGUGGAUCUCGCGCAACAUCACCUACGGCCUGUACCUGAGCGACCGCCAGGUCCUCGAUGACCUCGGCACCGAGAUUGCGGUGCUGGCGAGCAUCAUGAUUCAGAACCUGAGAAAGGAAACCCAUUGGCAUAUCCGGGGUAUCCGGCGGCUCGGCGUCUCGAGCGACGACGUGCAGAUGAUUUGGGAGUGUGUGCACUUGCUUGCCGACUUUUGGGCCUGA